CAGCAUCUGCAGAACUCUCUGGGAUUAACAAGAAGGAAACCUUCUGCUGCUUCAUCUUCUGUUUCGGCCAAAUACGAAAUCACGCCGGAUAACAGGUUUUGAGGAAUUGGAAUACUGCAAUGAAUCCGUUGACGCUAGUGAAGCGCAUUCAGAAUAUUAAUGCAAAAGAAGCAUCUUUAGGGAUCUCCGAUCAGGCAUCCUGGCAUGCUAGAUACAAAGAUUCAGCUUAUGUAUUUGUUGGUGGAAUUCCUUUUGACCUCACUGAAGGUGAUCUCCUCGCUGUUUUCGCCCAGUAUGGGGAAGUUGUUGAUGUCAAUCUUGUUAGAGAUAAAGGUACGGGCAAGUCAAAGGGCUUUGCUUUUGUUGCUUACGAGGAUCAAAGGAGUACAAAUCUUGCUGUGGAUAACUUAAAUGGUGCUCAGAUCCUGGGUAGAAUAAUCAGAGUCGAUCAUGUUACCAACUAUAAAAAGAAAGAAGAAGAGGAUGAAGAGACAGAGAGGAAAAAGAGGGAGGAGCGAGGGGUCUGCCGCUCUUUCCAGAGGGGUGAAUGCAAUCGUGGUGCUGCGUGCAAGUUCUCUCAUGAUGAGAAGAGAGCUGCAAACACAGGUUGGGGUGCUGAGGAAGAUCGAAGUUCGAGAUGGGCCCAUGACAAAGCUGAAAAUUCUAAGAAGGAUGGAAGAUCUGGCCAAUGGGGUCGGCCUCCUCGGCCUGACUACAAGGAAGAGGUCAAAGUCUCUGAUACAGAUCCAAGAAAUUCUAAAGCAAAAAUUAGUGACAUAGAAAGGCUUGAGCAGAGAGAUUCGACUGCAAGAGAUCAUUAUAAGAGAGAUUCAACUGCAAGAGAUCACUAUAAGAGAGAUAUCGAGCAGCACAGGUCAGAGCGGAAGGAAAAGGGAAGUAAUUACAAAGAAGAUGAUCUGGAUAGGUCACAUGUGGAGAGAAGAUCUAGGAGGUAUGAUGAUGUACAAGACUCGGGGGAAGCUAUUGAGAGAAAAUCUAGGAGGCAUGAUGAUGUGAUCUCAAAGGAAUAUGAUGAUAGGAGAGAUGAAAGAGGACAAAAAAGAUAUGAAUCUGAAUCUUAUCAUACAGAAAAAAGAGAAAGCAGGGAAAUGGAGAAACAAUCUCGCCUCCACCGUGAUGGACGGGAUGAAGAAGAUCGGAGGCAAAGAUCACAUAGAUAAUGGUCCCCUGAUUUAGGACUUCAGCUUUAUGUCUUGCACUGGUGCAUAGAUGACUACUGAAUUGUAUUAAAUUUGCAACUUCAGUUCCAAUUUCGAGUACAAUGCCUUGUCUGACAGCCAAGGUGAUCUACCCUUUAUACAUGAAAGAGCUGUCUCAGAAAGGGGCCACCUGAAAUGGAAUCUCGGCCUCUUGUGCUCUAUACUAAACAAGGGAUAGCGAGUAAUAGCAUCUCAAAUAUUUUGGUGCAAUUAAAGGUCUUGCUGGAAGGAUACAAGUUGCCAUUUAGUGUACUUAUAAGCUGAUUUUGUCUCCAUUUUGGCUUGAAAGAGCAAAAUAUUCCGUUUCAUUUGAUUUGGUCUUCUUAAAAUUUCCAUAAACUUGAGCUCAGCCUCUUCGAACGUGAGAUCCCAUUUUGACCUGUCACAUUGUUGUAAAACUUGAUAAUUCACUAGUUUUCAGCGCGA